UAUGCACGAUGUCUGUUCCGAUUUUAGGUUAUGUUAGAUCAGGUUAGAGUUACUGGGAUUAUUCAACGGUGUAUUCGCUAUUCUAUCCAUCCCGGUCCAAUGAUUAAUUUUGCACGAUCGUUGAUCACGAGGCAGCUUAUAAUUUCGUCAAAAUGUAGUAAAAGGCAUGCUGGACACAGUAAAUGGUCGAAUAUAAAACACGAUAAAGCUAUUAUCGAUGCAAAACGUGCUUUAAACUUCCACAAGUUACGUCGACUGAUGUUCGUAGCGAUAGCAGAAGCUAACAAUAAUGCUGAUCCAUCCACAAACUCUAGACUAGCACAAAUUAUAGAAACAGCUAAAAAAGCUGCAAUGCCUGCAGCGACCAUAAACAACGUGCUAAAGACAGCUACCGCAGCUAAAACAUUAACAACGCAUGGACGGGUCGAUCUCCGGGGCCCAUCAGGCGCUGUAAUUCUGGUUGAAUACGCAUGCGACAAUGCUAUACAAUUUAAAAUGAGCAUAAAUACAUUGCUAAGGAAAUUUGGUUGGUCAACAACCGAUCCAGGUGUCGCGCAUUUAUUUGAUUACAAGGGAGUAAUAACAACCGAAAUUCAAGGGGAUCUGGGAUUGGCGACAGAUCACGCAAUUCAGGUAGAUGCCGAGGAUGUACAAGAGGUCGAGCACAAUGAUAUUAAGGAAUACAAGUUUUACUGUGAACCCAACGUAUUGUUCAACGUGAAACAACGACUGUUGGAUAUGAAUUACAAAGUGAAAUCUGCAGAGGCGCUAUAUAUUCCACGAACACUAGUCAACUUGAGCGACAGUGAAUUAUCAAUAGCCAUUGGACUAUGCGAAAAACUCGAGGCUAAUGAAGACGUUGUUAGAUUACACGAUAACAUAGCAUAG